CUGCCCGCCUCCAGCCAGCCUUGUUCAGUGGCAACCGUCCAUUUCCUCUCUCCUGUAGCGAUAGCAGACCGACGUUUCUAACUCUAACAGACAUGGCUGACCAACUUACAGAGGAGCAAAUUGCAGAGUUCAAGGAGGCCUUCUCCCUUUUUGAUAAGGAUGGCGAUGGCACCAUCACCACUAAGGAACUGGGCACUGUCAUGAGGUCACUGGGUCAAAACCCAACUGAGGCUGAACUCCAGGACAUGAUUAAUGAGGUGGAUGCAGAUGGUAACGGGACCAUUGACUUCCCUGAGUUUCUUACAAUGAUGGCAAGGAAAAUGAAGGACACUGACAGUGAGGAGGAGAUCAGGGAGGCAUUCAGAGUCUUUGAUAAGGAUGGCAACGGUUACAUUAGUGCAGCAGAACUGCGUCAUGUGAUGACCAACCUGGGAGAGAAGCUGACAGAUGAGGAAGUAGAUGAGAUGAUCAGAGAAGCCGACAUUGAUGGUGACGGACAGGUCAACUAUGAAGAAUUUGUUCAGAUGAUGACCGCCAAAUGAACUCGGCUCCCAUUAAGGACAAAGAAUCAGUCAAAUGUUUCACUUACCUCUUACUGCAAAAAUCUACAUUUAUUCAUACUGUUCUGUAUAGACAACUUAAACUGAAUGUUGGAAAACUGAAAAUCUGUCCAUAUAAACAAGCUCAAAAAAGGUAAAAGACAAAAAGAAAAAACCUAAAUGAAACUGCAUGUACUGGCUUGUAUUCCCCGCCCCCCAGCACUGAGCUGCCCAAUCAGAUCUCAACUCGUUAGCCAAGCAGCCUCUCUGCAGCCAGCUGAUUUGGCCACUGCUCUUCUGCUUUCUGGUUCCAUCUGCCUGAUGUCAUGAUAAUUAUUUGGGCUGGCCAAUCGCCUUUCUUCUAUAACUUCCUGUUUUCUUUUCUUUUUUUUUUCUGUUCUUCAUGCAUGCAGCUUUAGAAGGGUUACUGUUGAGAGCCCAAUGUCAGAAGGCUGUUGUUGGGCCCCAGGUUGGCCUGGGACCCACUGAGAGGAGGAAGAGGGAGGGAUUAGAUGACAGAUGAAUGGGAGUGAGUGAACCAGCGGAACCUUUGCAGUUUACUUACCUGAGUCAGUGAUGACAGAGAUAUUUUUAAGAAAAAUAUUAAAAUGGAAUAAAUAAGAACUCAUUUUAGGAUCUGUGUUUCUGGCAUGUCAGGAUACUCGCUUUAUCCUUUGUGUGUUUACCUUUUUUGAGGGUGAAGCCUGGGUGGGGCAUAGAUUUGAGCCCCUUGGGUAGUGGGUGUGUCGUAGACUUUUGGAGGGGUUGGGUGGGCUUUAAAAUUGAUGAUACACGAGCAAUUUUUGGGGCAAUUACAAUAUCAUGAGUAUCAGUUUUUGCUGAAGUGGAUUUUUACAAAUAAUGAAAAUGAAGUUGGUAGUGAACUAAAAUCUGUGAGUGUUCCUUGCUGAAACUUGCUCAGGUACAGUAUAUUGCCUCAAACACUGCAUGCGUGUCAGUCUAUGAGGGGGUUAAUUUCAGUUUAGUGGGGGGCAGGGUCGGUGCUUUGCGGCAUUUCUAUCUUGUGUUUGUGUGUGAGUUUGCGUGUGUAAGUGUGUGUGUGUGUGGGUGCGGCAAGGCCCGGCCCAGUCCAACUGUUCAGUUCAGUUGAUCUGCAUUCCAAGUUGUACAUGCUAGUCUUUACAUUUUGUUUUUCCAAUAAAAUACCAUGAACUAAAA